CAUCCGUACCCGGCGGCGACGACGGAAGGAUCGGGGCAAACAGCGGCAGCGGCGGCGGCGUCCUGCGGAGAAGGUGUUCGAUCCACAAUGGCAACAGCAUUGCCCAGAACCCUUGGAGAGCUGCAGCUUUAUCGAAUACUGCAGAAAGCCAACCUCUUAUUCUACUUCGAUGCCUUCAUUCAGCAGGGAGGGGAUGACGUCCAGCAGUUGUGUGAGGCAGGCGAAGAGGAGUUCCUUGAAAUCAUGGCCCUUGUUGGCAUGGCUAGCAAACCUCUUCACGUCCGAAGACUGCAGAAGGCUUUGAGAGACUGGGUCACGAAUCCAGGCCUUUUUAACCAGCCUCUUACUUCCUUACCGGUCAGUAGCAUUCCAAUAUAUAAGUUACCGGAAGGGUCUCCUGCUUGGUUGGGAAUAUCAUGCAAUAGUUACGAGAGGAAUAGUAAUACACGGGAGCCUCACUUGAAGAUUCCAAAAUGUGCCGCCACCACGUGUGUUCAAAGUGUGGGUGCCGGCAAGUCCGACGGGGUGGGAAGCUUACCGCUGCAGAGCGGCAGUGAACAGAGACUAUGGCAAGGACACCACACUACAGAGAGUGAACACAGCCUUUCCCCAGCUGACGUUGGCUCUCCAGCCUCACCAAAGGAAAACACGGAAACCUUGGAUGCAGCAGCUGCUCUGUCGGUUACCGAGUGCGUUGAGCGCAUGGUUCCCACCCUUCCCAAAAGUGACUUGAAUGAAGUGAAAGAACUGCUGAAAAUCAAUAAGAAACUGGCCAAGAUGGUUGGCCACAUCUUUGAGAUGGCUGACGAGGACCCUCACAAAGAGGAGGAGAUUAGGAAGUACAGCGCAAUAUAUGGCAGGUUUGACUCCAAAAGAAAAGAUGGCAAGCAUCUCACCCUCCAUGAGCUCACAGUUAAUGAAGCAGCUGCUCAACUGUGUGUAAAGGAUAAUGCACUGUUGACCCGGAGGGAUGAGCUCUUUGCGCUGGCACGGCAAAUCUCUCGAGAAGUUACAUACAAAUAUACUUACCGGACCACCAAGUCUAAAUGUGGAGAAAGGGAUGAACUGUCACCAAAGAGAAUUAAGAUAGAGGAUGGCUUUCCUGAUUUCCAAGAUGCAGUCCACAGUUUUUAUCAGCAGGAUUCAGUGAAAAUACAGCAGGCAUUGUCAAAAGGGAAGUGUGAAGACCUGGCUGCCCUUGGUUUACAGCCUGAAAGGAUGAUGGCCAAGCAGAUGGAGUUCCUUUGCAACCAAGCUGGUUUGGAGAGACGCCUUUCCACAGGUCUUUACAGGCAAAACUCAGAAGAACACAGUCCCAAUGGCUUGACGUCGGAUCAUGGUGAUGGCCAAGGUGAAAGGCCCUUAAAUCUACGCAUGUCAGGUCUACCAAACAGGCACAUGCCACACAUUUCAUUGGACGGAGAGCCUCACAUAGUGAAGCCCCUCUGCAGUGAUUUGAGCCGACUAUACGCCAGCGCCGAGGCAAAGUCGCAACCUUCGGAAGGCCUUGGUAUCUUGAAAGAUUUUCCUCAUUCGGCUUUCAAUAGCCUCGAAAGGAAGGUUAUAAAGACAGAGCCAGAAGAUACAAGAUAGCCAUGCUGCUUUUGAAAAGGGUAUUUUAUUUAAGAAGAAAGCUUCGAACGAGAAACAAAACCAGCCUUAAUAACCAGUGUUGCCUCAUUGAAAUAAGCGAUUUCAUAGCCAAAGCCUAAGAACUGCGACAGUCGUAUUGGGGAAGUGACAUACAAAAAAAACCUUGUUGAAAACCGAAACUGUAAUGAGAAGUGGGUGCAAACAUUAUGAAAAAGUGACUUCAUAAUAUGGGAAAGGUUCACAAACUAAUACUGUGGGCCACUGUUAUUUAAGAAUGUAUUAUGUAUUUGUAUAAUAACUUAAAAGUAAAGAAAAACCGUAGGUGUCAGAAUGUGUGUUAAGUCGAGUAGAUGUGGCUGCCAUUAUUUUUACUUGAAAUUUCAACAUCUACUUUAAAUGUAGACAAUGAUAGUUAUGACUCUGAUUUUUUUUUUAUAAUCCUUGGUUUGGGGCAGGGGCACAGAAAAAAGUGUGGUGAGAACCCAAGCGUAACUCUAACAGCAGGUUUGCAAUGUUUAUUUUUUAGAAGCAAAAAAUAAGCAAUUACACAAAAUGUUAUAGGGAUAUAGCAUUUGAACGAGCUGACUGUAUUAUAACAGGCAUUUUAAUGCCUUUCGAUGUAACAUCAUUCUCAAAGAUUUCAUGAACAUAUAUCUAUAAUGUAUUUAUUUACAUUGUAAUGUCUGCUAUUUAGGGAUUGGUGGGAGAGGAAGAAACAUGUUUUUGUUUCGUACUAUAUAUACAGGAAAAAUAAAUCUCUGCAUCAUAAGGAACUUGAUUCACUAGACGUUCUGAUUAAGACUGCCAGAGCAGUCUCUGCUCAAAUGCUGGUGACGUUGUGGAACUUUCCUUAGAUUCGUCUUUCAUUGUUUAAGUUGGAAUGCAUCAGAUAGCAGAAGAGGUGGAAAAGCAAUUCAAGAAAUUUAUGCGUUCAACCAAUAAGAUGGCGUUGAAAAGAGAAAUGGGAGGAUGAAAAUGGUACUGGUAGAUAUGUAGGGAGCAGCAGCGUUACCAUCCCACUUGACUUCAUUCGUAUACCAUAUACUGCAUUGAGUAUACUGAUACACUUCCUUUUUGUAUGUAUGGACAACUGUACUCAUUAUUUUAUAGAGGAUUUCUUUUGUGUGGAUGAUUAAGGGAGCCCCAUUUUGUCUAUAAUAUGAUGCCUGGCUUGCAAGAAACAUCUUGGUACAUACCGUUGGGAUAUUUCAUGGUGGUGUCUGCAUGUUAUGCAUAAUAUCAUUGUGACAUGUGGAUUUGCCUAACAGUCCCCCCUCUCCUUUGCGUUCCUUAGGAUCGUGUAGUUGCACUUCUGAAGUUAAAUAGGGUUUCAGCACCUUAAGCUCUGCCUUCCCCAACCUGGUGCCGUCCAAAUGUAUGGGACUACAAUUCCCAUCAUCUCUAGCCAGCAUUGGGGGCAGGGGAUUGCUCUUCAUAGCUGAAGAUUUUGCUCUGUGUAAUAGUGAGUACGGAGUCAUUCCAUACACCAUAUUGAAAAUGUCAGUGUAGCGUGAAGUAACACGUUCAACUCGUCAGCCUGAGUUCCUUGUAAAUUGUGUUGAAUAAGUGUAUCACUUGAUUUGUGGAGCAAAGCUUUAUAGUAGAAACACCAGCGCAUAUGUUUUUAAUUAAAACAUCUUUUAAUUAGUGCAUAUGUUUUUAAUUUAAUACAUCUUUUUUUAAAGGAAAAGAGGAAAAGUCUUGUUUGUUGAAUUGCAUUGAUGAAGAAAUUGUAUUCAAAGGAGUAGAAUCUGCAACUUAGUGGAGCAAAACAAAGUGAUGAAUGUUUAGUUUAAAUGGUUCAUUUUAUUGUUUUGUGAACUACUGAUGUAAGCGUGAUUCCUUUGUUCCCAAAGGUGGCAAGCAGCACUGCUUGAUAUCUGAGCAGUUUCACGAAAUAGGACAGUAGUUUCAGGACACAUCACUAUCCAUAGGACGUAACGUCUUGUUUUAUAAAGGCCAAUGUAAUGUAGUGUAAAUGUUAAAUCUGUAGUACAGAUCUAUUUUUUUAUUUUCAGUUGUAAUUGACCUGACUCAGCCAUGUUGUAAGUACUGAGGUACUAGGUGUUUUUUUUUACAGUCCAGCAAACCAUUUCAGCCCCAAUAAGUAGGCUUUUUAAAAUUUUAUUUUUAAACUAGCCUUUUUUAUUUCUGUCAAAGUAGGCCGAAGCAGCUAAAGACACUCUUACAUCUCUUGCCUACUAGAUGCACACCAUUGUAGAAGUAAGAGUGGAUUCACACUUGCAGAAGGGCAAGUAAUACAGGGCUCACACCCAAGUGUACCUCCACCUCAAAAAGCACACACAGUACCCCUCCCUCAAAAUCUCCCUACACGUGAAAAGUUCAUCUCUCAGGUAUAAGUCUUCUCUAGCCUUGUAGCCUGGAGUGCUCCCCAAUGUAUCUACCUUUACACAGGCAGAGAGAUUUUGAUGUUGAGGAUACAUAGAAAGCCUCUUCCCCCACUGUCCUUUGUCCUUCUGCCAUGCACAACUAUGUUGGACUUUAUCACACACCCUCCUGUAUAGGCACUAAAUCAGCCUUCACCAGCCUGGCACCUUUCAUAUCUGCUGGACGAAAAUUCCCCUUUGGGCCCUAGUCAGCAUAGCCAAUGCUGAGGCAUCAUGGGAGUUGUAGUCCAACAUUAUCUAGAAUGCACAAGGUUGGGGAAGGGUGCAUUUCAGAGAAACAGAUCUUGCUUAACUUGCAGCAACUUAGAUAGGCUUCUUCUAGAACGCUAAUAACCGAGAGAGUUACUGAUCGUUGGCCAUAUGUUCAAACGUCUCUUGUCUACGGCUUUUGGGGAGGCGGUAUUAAGGAAGACUGGCUGUUAGCUGCAGCAGGGUUAUUUUGACCAAAGUGUGAUACUUUGUCUGCAUUCGUAUUCUUGUUUGUCUGCAUUUGUGUACCUUGUUGGUUACAAAAUAAAAGUCACAUU